AUGGCCAGUAUAAACGAGAAAACAAGUCCUCUUGAGUCAAACUUUCAAACAGGGAGUUCGGCACAAAGCCAAUCGAGCGUGGCUUUUGAUAGUAUUAGUGAUUAUCGAACUCCCAACAAUUCAGAUGAGGACAAAGGAAGCACUUCAACCGGCAAAAGUCAGCCCCAUAGUUUAGCUGAUCUGGGUGUUUCCAAAAGUGAUAACAAAAAUGUAAGAUUUACUACCGAAGCAGAUGGUCGGGAAGACGAUGCUUCCUCAAGAUCUACAGAGGCAAGUGAUAAUUAUAAGAGCACAGAUGAACAAGAUGAGCAGGGCAGACCUGCCCGCCACAAGAAGAAGGCUAAAGUAUCAUUCACACACUUGAGAAACAACGGUGAAGACGGAGAUGAUGAAACAUUCAUCAAAAAGAUCAUAAACAAUUUGACCGGAAAUCAAGGAGGUUUGGUUCCUGGACUAGCACCUGUGCCUUCGGAUAAAGAAAUUGGUAAGAAUGAUCUAGAAAAUAAUCGUCAUGAAGAGAUUCCCUUAUCAGACCUGGCCGAUGCGUCUAGAAUCAUGGACGUUCAUGAGGGCAAUAAUAGAGAAAAUUUGGAUGCACUCAAAUUAGAAAGUGAUAGAAGUUCCACGUCAGAUGCGGAAACGUUACACUCUAGCUCAAAAAAUUCAUUCCUAGCACCUGCAGUAGACCAUUUCGAUGACUAUGCAGAGAACAAUUCAUCAGACGAUAAUGAAGGAUUCACUGAAACCUCCACAUAUGUACCUCCUCCCUCUCAGGUGAAAAGUGGAGUGCUGGGAUCAUUGUUAAAACUAUAUCAGAACGAUGAACUGAAUGCUAGCUCUAUCUAUUCUGAUUCUCAAGCUCCAACAACAGACGAAGAGGGUAUUUCUUCGGUCGCUGCCGGAAACAAAAACGUAUCAGCUAUAAAACGCAGCAGAUUACAAAACCUAAGAGGCAAGACUAAAAAGGGCAGAAUACCCAGAUUGAAAAAAAGAUUAAAAACCGAAGCAAAAAUCACAGUUCACAUUGCUGACAUUUUACAAAGACAUCGCUUCAUCCUACGAAUGUGUAGAGCUCUUAUGAUGUACGGUGCUCCCACGCACAGGCUCGAAGAAUAUAUGAUUAUGACUUCCAGAGUCCUUGAAAUAGAUGGUCAGUUUCUUUAUCUUCCUGGCUGUAUGAUUGUUUCAUUCGGUGACGCGACAACAAGAACUUCCGAGGUUCAAUUAGUCAGGUGCAAUCAAGGUCUAAAUCUUUGGAAAUUGCACCAAGUUCAUGCUGUUUACAAAAGAGUUGUCCAUGAUACUUUGGGCGCCGACGAAGGUAACUCCCUUCUUGACCACAUCUUAGCAGAUACAAACUUAUAUCCACCUUGGAUAUGUGUUCUUUUAUAUGCAUUUUGUUCUGCUAUGGUCACUCCCUAUGCCUUCGGUGGCGAUUGGGUAAACUUGGCAAUUUCGUUCUUCAUGGGGCUUUGCGUAGGGUCUUUGCAAUUCAUUCUUUCACAAAAAUCCUAUAUGUACUCGAACGUUUUUGAAAUUUCUGCAUCUAUUGUCGUUAGCUUCUGUGGUAGAGCGUUCGGCUCUAUUCCUCGUUCCAAGAUCUGCUUUGGUGCCGUUACACAGGGUUCAUUAGCAUUGAUCCUUCCAGGCUAUAUUAUUUUGUGUGGUGCUUUAGAGUUACAAAGUCGUAGUCUGGUUGCCGGUGCAGUGCGUAUGUUUUACGCCAUUAUUUAUUCCUUAUUUUUGGGUUUUGGUAUAACACUAGGCUCUGCAUUGUUUGGGUGGAUGUAUCACAAUGCUACCAACGAAAUAUCAUGCCCCCAGUUGAUUUCUCCAUGGUAUAGGUUCCUAUUUGUUCCUGCGUUUACUAUCAGUAUUUCUUUAUUAAAUCAGGCACAUAUAUCACAAUUGCCUGUCAUGGUUUUCAUUUCCUGUACUGGUUAUGUUGUAACAUAUUGGGCCGGCCAACAUUUUGAAAACUCUACAGAAUUUACUGCUGCUUUGGCUGCAUUUGUUAUUGGUGUUUUAGGCAAUUUAUAUUCUAGAAUUUGGAAGGGGUUGGCAGUAUCGGCCAUGUUACCUGCAAUAUUUGUUCAGGUACCUUCUGGUAUUGCCUCACAAAAUUCGUUACUUUCUGGGUUACAAAGUGCAAACACAAUAGUCAACGGUAAUGUAACUACAUCAACAAGCACUUCCGAUCCGUCAUCCUCAAUGUCAUUCGGUAUGACAAUGAUUCAAGUUUGUGUCGGUAUUUCGGUAGGGUUAUUUGCCUCUUCACUUUUUGUCUACCCAUUUGGUAAAAAGAAAACUGGUCUCUUCAGUUUAUAG